UGCAGCAGCGCGCACUGUGUGCUGCCGCUAACCUCUGUUCCCAACGGACUGGGCGCAGAGACAGCCUAAACCCAAAUGGAUACAAUUUAUGUGCUCCCACCUCGAGGACUGUCCUGCCGUUAAAUCUGAAUGACUUCCUUCCAUGGAUGGACUGGGUUCAUGUCUCUUUGUCCGUGGUAAUUAUAUGAAAAUGGAUCUUCAGACGGUGCAAUAGGCAUUAAAAUAGAAAUGGUCCUGUAGCAAUUGCAAGCAAACUCAGAGACGCUCAUUGAAGUCAUUUGCUGUGUCCUGUUUACUUAUUAUAGAAGUUAAUGACCCUUGGUGACAUCGUAAAAAAAGUUGUCUUCGACUUAUCACGUGGCGCUUCUGUAGCUGCACAUUUUACGAAAUCAGCAGCUGUUUGCACAAUGGAGGAUAAUCUCGGGCUGGAUUUUAAGGAUAUCGAGACAAAGUUGGGUCGCAAAAUUCCUGAAAGUCUCAUCCGAUCAAUCACGGAGGGACUGCAGCACGAAACAAAAGAUGAAAAGCCGGUGACGCCAGCUGUCCCCCUUAACCAAGAGUCCGCCAACGCCUCGGUGCGUUUGCAGCGGAAGAUGACGUUUCUGAAGCAAGAAAUGGCUCACCUCCGCGCCAUCGACAUCAAGCUGAUGCACCAGCUGCUGUCCAUUAACGACGGGAUCGAGUCCAUCAAGUGGGUGAUGGAGGAGAAGGGGGGCCUCUCCAGCCGGGACAGCAGCCUGGCAGGCAGCCUCUACAGCCUAUCUGAGAGCCAGGGCACCUCCCUGCGGGGCAGCCAGGAGAGCCUGCGGGACGGCAGCGAGGGGCUGGAUGCCGUCUCCAUCGGCAGCUACCUGGACACCCUGGCCGAGGACCUCCCGGGCCACACCUCCCCCUCGGACCCCGACAGCUUCUCGGAAACGCCGGCGAUCCGGGAGACCCUGGAAAAGCCCCCUCUCUGCAAAGACAAGAGGGCGGACUCGGACGAAUACUACUGCUUCGGAUAGCAUGUACCGGACCUCACGACCACAGUCGUACUGUCUGAUUCGUGUGCGACGGCACGGCGCUCCAUCCUGCUGCUGAAUUUCUUUUGGGAAGCGAGGUCACAGUCUUGGUUUAUGAACACAAUAACAAAGGGCCUUGCUACACACGCCCAGCUUCAAACUGAGAGUGGCAUUUCCGUUUACUGUAACUGUAGUUCCUGCGGUAAAGAUACAGCACUGUGAUACACUACCACCACCAGCUAUUUACAAUAGAUCCAGGAUGACAGAUACCAGACAAAGCCAUGUGUCGAGUGUGUUUUUCUUAGGGGUGUUACAAAAAUAUGACAUAAUUAUUAUGAUGGCCUUUGCUAUAAUUUGAGGAAUGUCCUAAACAUUCAAAAUUUGUUCCCCACCCCCAUGUUUUCUUUUCCUAUUCAUCACUGUAUCCACUGGGCAAGACAUUGGCACAGACAGAUAUUUAAGAUUCUCACAGAUCCAAGUAAUCUACUAAUAAGGGGUUAUGUGAUUGUUUUGGCAUUAAUAAUCUCCUGCUAUUAGAUGGAUUUUUGAGACCGCCUCUCUGGUAUCUUGGCUCAAGGUGCUAUGUGUCACAAAGUGCAUCCAGAGCUAUAAAGCAUUAAUAACUGUAGUGCAAUUUACAAUGCAGCAUAUGCCAAAUACUACACGAGACCACAUCUUAGUGUUAAAUUCGAAUUAAAUGUACUCUACCAUCAGGACUAAUGUCCAGAGUUGCCUUGAA